CGAGUGAUUUCGCCCCCGUUUCCGCCACCGUCGUGCCUGCCCGUCGUGGUCUCUCUCACUCCCUCUUCGUCGUCUUCGCCCUCGCCUUUACGUUCCUUCCUCUCGGUGUGAGAGUCUCGUCCGCGCGCCGCGGACGUCGGUUUUACGGCAGCAAGUGGAGCGCGGAGUCGAUCGUGACGCUCUCGCCGAUUUCGACUUUCGACGCGCGCGCUCGACGCUACGGGGAGAUCCAGCGCGCCGGACAUUCCGUCGAUAAGUGCUCUCGUGUGCGCACGCACGCACACCGAACGUGCGUUCGAAAUCACGCACGCACGCACGCACUCGUAGUGCUUCGUGCUUCGUGAUCGUUCGUUUUAUCGUCCGUUCGUUCGCUCGUUCGCUCGCUUGAUCGGCGCUCUCGCCCGAGAAUGACAUAUCGCGACGCGCGGGUGACGCGCGACGACCACGCACGUAGCUCUUGGAGGAGCGUCGUCGUCGAGCAGCGCGACCGUGACGGUUGAGCGAGGGGAAGUGAGAAUCUCUCGGAACGGAUCGUCCAUCUAGGCGACCACCCGGACGACAAUCGGACAAUGGCAAUCUCGAGCUGGAUGAUCUGGGGUAGGAGCCUACGCACCGGCCGAACCCGUCGAAGCCGCCAAGACGAGGACAACUGCGUGCAGCUCGAUCUGUCAAGAGGAUUAAAGGAGAAUGUCAAGGAGGUCUUAACUAAUCUUUGCCAGCGGCACAAUGUUCCAAUCGUAAAGAAGCUAGCUUAUCUCAAUGCUAUUGUUAAGUUGAUUAGCGAAACCGAGUCCCAAGAUUAUGGCUACUCUGCGGAAGAUCUGUUCUGUUGUUUACGCGUGGGUUUGAUCCAUGAAGCGACGCAGGUGCGCGCCUCCGCGUUACGGGCGGUGCGUUACAUGCUCAAAAAGGAGCAAGAUGUCGUGGCGAUCAACAGGCUGCAGUACCCGUACUUUCUGGCGCGCAGCAUGGACGUCAAUCUGCGCAACGAGAUGGAGAGGAUACAGGCUCUUCGACUCGUCAGGAGGAUUCUGGUGUUAGCUCCCAAGCAUUUCAGUUCCGUGCUGGCGAGAUCCCUGGUCAGUUUGACGAACGGUGGCAUCGAGGAGAGGGAUCGUGCAUUUAAAGCGUUUCUCGCGGUCCUUUGCGAGCUGGGGGUCCUGAACUCGAAUCUGCUGAUAAGCUGCGGCGGCGUCGGCGCGCUCGCCAGGGCUGCAAUGACCGGCCAAAGCGCCGCCGCUGUGGAGCCUGUUGUCGGGGUGUUGCUGCGACUGCUGAACAAUCCGGAGACGCGCGGGAGCGUCUCUCUUCUGUGCUUUGCCGCGCCCUACUGCGAGCUCCACUCCUUGAGCAUGGAGAGAACUAAGGAGGAGCGCGAGCAGAGAUUCGCCGCGAGUAAACUCGCUCUGCUGAGCAUCCUGCGCUCCUAUCCGGGUAUCCUUCAUUUUUGCCGACCGGAUAAUAAUUCGGGUCUUAAGGCUAUCGCAGAUAUUUUAUACGUGGACCAAUUGGAAGUGCGCGGUGCCGUUUUGGAAUUGCUCUACGAGCUCCUGGACUUGCCACUGCCUACAUGGACCGAUGAACCGGACGUCGCGCUGGCCGCAGUGGAUCCUAGUAGAUCACGGGAUUCAUGGAAAUUGUCGGAGGGCUUCGUCGCCGCCGAGGGAAAAUCCAUACUGCCGUCCCUGUCGUCGCACUGUCCCAACAUCACGGAGAUACACUCGGCGCUGUUGGUCUAUGUUCUUCUAGAGUGCGGCCUGCAUCGAGCCCUCGCGGAAACGAUCGUCACCAGCGACACGUUCAUCUCGGUGCGCGCGGCGGUGCUUCUGGGCGCGUUGCUGCACCUCGCGCACUCUCUCCUGCCAUCUGAGCUCUGCGACCUUACACCGCCACUGCCUAAUCUACUGGAACACGCGAGUGCCGGCAAGCAUCAGGCACUAGCGGCGGUCACUAUUCUCGAGCGAAUGCAUACCAUGAUGCGACGUAGACCGACUCCGGCAAGCCUCUUCCUCGAUCGUAUUCUUCAAGCGGGCACCUGGUUACGCCCGAUUCUGCCGCGACGUCAGCGGCCGUCGGGUAGACACUGGCUGCGAAUCGGCAGGGAGUCACCGAUCACGCCGCUGCUGAAAGACGCGCAGGUGCUCAGCUCGAAGGACGCUCUAGCCUGGAAUUGGCCAGUGGUGCGGGCGAUUCUGCGAUCGCGCGAGGAUGCAACGCGAAUUCUGCACGACUCCGAUCACCGGCUGUUCAUGAAGCGACUCGUGCGUUACUUCAAGCCAUCAUGGAACUGCUACAGCAGAGUCGAGUUGGGCACGAGCGCGACACUGGCGCGAGAGGCGACUCUCGCCGGCUGCGAUCUGUUGAAUUGUUUGUUAGAGUUGCACGAGCCAGAAAGCGCGCGACUACUCAACGAACUGAUUGGAGAUAUCGCCGAGCAGAUCGGGAACAUCCGUACUGCGGAAUCCGCGCACGAUUGUCUGUUCUCGCCGCGCCACAUGUCUACCACGUGUUGUCAAAAAUACUUCCUAUUUCUCGGUCAGCUGAGUCACUCAGCUAAGGGUACCGUGGUUCUUAAGAGCUUCAAUCUGCUGGAGAAACUGCAGGAUCUCGCGCUGGCUACCAAUCACGACUGUUACGUCAAACUGAUCAUCUCCAGCUUGGAUUAUUCCCGGGACGGGCCCAACAGAAAGGUAUUAAGCAAGAUCAUUUCCGAGGCAACGUUGUGGAGCACGCGUCUCUAUGCCACGCAAUUCCUACGAUUGAUUUUACGCGCCAGAAUGACGGACGCCGUGCGCUGGGCAAUGGUAUUGCUGGUCGAUCGAUUGUCGGACAGUCACACGGCCGUGGCGCUGGCCGCUUUGGAGGCAUUACACGAGACCUGCGACGAAAUCGAGUAUCUAGAGACGUUGCUGCAGCAGGGAGGACAGUCACGCGACUGGGACAAGUGGCUUCAGCACCUAGGCGACAAGGGUUAUCUGUUGAAGAUCCGACUGUACUCCCUUCAACAGGGUUUCGCGAGUCUCACCGCGCCCUCCGAGGAAUUGGAGAAGUGGAUCGGCCCCGGUGGUUUCGCCGAGCGAUAUGUAGGUCUGAUAGAAGAAGAGAUACACGACGCGUUGACGUGUCGUCAGCGCGACGAGACUGGAAGCUACCAGAGGAGGCCCUCAAGCGACGCGGUGAUAAUGCCGCGAGACAUCUACGUGCUGCCACAUCUAAUCGGUCAACUGGCGCAACAUGACCUCGGGAUGCAAUUGUUAUUACGACGUAACGUGAUCCAACGUUUCGCCCGAGUAUUGCAACGCUUCAAGCUAGAAUUUGGUGGUCGCGACUCGGAGUCUAACUCGCGGUGUACCAGAACGAAUCGUCUCGCCGCCAUAGCAGCGGCAACGGCUGCCUCCGCUAUUGCCGACGACGGCUGCGUUAUGUCGGAGGAGUCCGGCACGGACGAGGCUGUCGAGCAGUGCAGUGGUCGCCUCGAGACCAUCCCCGAUUACGAAACAGUGGAGAAUGAGACGACUCGUGAGACGGCGAAUCAACCGCGGACGGACUCGCUGAUGGAGAUUCGUCGUAAGACCAGCAUGGACGAUUCUAGGCACACAACUCCGGAACGAAGCUGGCGACUGGAGACCGAGUCAUCGCGUGAUGAUCACUUUGUCGGCCCGAACGGUGGAAUUCUGAAGGUCAAAUCAGCUCUCUGGGCCCUCGGCCACGCGGGCACAUCUGUCGCGGGCGUCGAACAUCUGAGUCACCUGGGUAUCAUUGAGAUGAUUACGUCUAUGGCAGAAACGUGUCCGUAUUACUCGGUACGCGCAACCGCGAUGUACGCUCUCAGCCUGAUCGGCACCACGCGGGCCGGAGCCGACACGUUGGUUACUUUUAACUGGCCAUGCGUCAGGCAUCGACGCGGUGACAACUGGCCCGUGGUACCGCCCUCGACCAGAUACCCCAUGCCAAGCCCGAUCCCGGUACAGCGGCAUCACCGUAGCCUCAGCGACGGUAAACCGGAACUGAUCGAGCCGAUCGUACGUCGCACCAGAAAUCGAUCCGAAAGCGCGGCUACAGAUCUCGAGGCGCGGCGAUACUUUCUUUUAGAAAGGGGCGAAACUCCAAGUCCUGUUUCAAGUAUUCAAAGACUAAGCCAACAAGAUGCUGAAGGAUACGCGCGACUACGUAGUUUACAACGCCAUCGCAGACCGAGUUAUUCUCAAAGUAGUUUAGAAAUGUAUAGCUUAGACGGUCGUCUCUCGCUGCAGAGUCUAUCGGAAUACGAUUCAUCCCGCAGUUGGAUUGCAGAAAAUGCGGUUCUCACACCGACGCCGCCUCCUCCGGAAGACGACAAUGAGAACACAUUUUAUAUGGGUGUUUGUCUGCCGAGGAGGCUGCUUACGAUCUUUCCCGAGCCUCCUCCACCAUCUCAGCCCACUAUUCUCGAAGAUAGCAUUAGGUCCGAGUUAGAAACCACGGAGAUCGAUGAGGAAUCUAGCUCGGAGUGUGACGCCGAUACCGAACAUUGUCGCACGUGUCUCAUUUGCUAUCACGGCAAGAGUGGGAAGGACGCUGGUACGGAGCAAGAUAUGAAAUUGCGAAGAGAAAUACUUAGACAUACUCAACGGCUUGCAAACCCAGUGUGGUACCGUCAUAGUCGUCAAUCGUUACUAAGACUGAGGCAGCGGUAUCCCGAGAAGUUUCAGGAUACCUGUUUGUUUUCGGACGUAGCCGCCCGACUUGGCAGCGGUACGUACAGAAUGCCGGCGCGACGAUUUCUGCAAGAACUGUUUUUGGAUUCUCCAUUCGAUGCGCUCUACGUCGAACCAAUCAACAUCCUAAAGAUACCGAUCGGCACGGAGGAGAAUCCCCUGCAAUCAUCUGUUCCUAGCUCCGAGGCUAGCCCUCGGCAGCAGUCUGUAAGUCCUGCGGAGGGCAAGAUUAACGGAAGACUUACUCUGACUGAGAUACAAACAGCGCAAUUGGCGUCAGUCGCCGAGGAGGGCUCCUCGGCCGGUGGUAGUGGCGGCGACGGCGGCAGCGAAUCGUGCAACGCGGGGCAUCAACGGGGUAAAAAGAAGUCCCUGCCGGAGGUCGUGCGUCCAUCGCAGGAGCGACGCACUGACGAGAAGAUCAUAGCCGAGAUUCUGAAACCGGAAGAGCGAAUACGUUUGUCAAAGAAUUCCGAUAGAUCGUUAAAAGUAUCAGGUACAAACACUGCCAUCAGCCUUGAUUCGUAGCUUUCGAAUUCUCGAUUACGACUGCGCGCGCGUCACGUUAUGUGUAUAUAUUUUGUAUUAAAAUGAUAUAUAUAUAUAAUGAUAUAAAAAUAUAUAAGAAUAAAAAUUACACGCGACAUAUAUUUAAAAUGCGUAUUCACAUUACACAUACAUGUAUUACACAUACAUUCACAUACACACUGCCGGCGAUCAGACGUAUCUUUACGCAUAUUUCAAUGUUUCCUAUUGUGCGCCUCGCGUCUAUCUCUACACAUAAUUAUUCGUUAACCCCAGGAUUCAUUAACACACGUUUUCGAGUAUACUAGAGUUUCGUAAAGACAUUCGAAUACUUCUGCCAUAUAAGACUGGUGAAACUGCAGACUUCUGAAUGAAUCAUUUUGCCAAAACGAUGUCAGACAUUGUAGAGUACGGAUCACAAAAUCAAAAUUCAAGUCUGCUUGCUAAAAGACAAACGAGAAAAAUAAUAUUCGAGUAAUAGUGACUCGGAAACUUUUGCCUCGCAGGCUUACGUGUGUAGUCCGCGGGUUGACGACCGAUUAAUUCGUAUUUUAUAUCUAUAUUGUACGUUCUCCCUCCAAUUGUAAUCGUCGCCUUACUUUUUAACACGUCGCGGUCGACUCUUUUUUUUUUUUCUUUACGAAAACGCGACGUAUGAGACCGUGUAACAAUGUUGUUAGUUUUAUACUUAAUAUUACAAUUUCAUUUCUAUUUAUACGCAUUAAUUUAUGUAUCAUGUAUACGAGAUGAAAAGAAAAAGAAAUGGGGAAAAAAAAGGAGCAGAAUGUGUGAAAUAUCAAACAAACGUCUACGUCU